GUAGUUCAUGGUCGGUCUGAAGUCAGUCAACCACGCUGCCCUCGCCACUGUGGCGGACUACAGAACUCCUGGUCCUGGUCAGAGGCGGUUCGAGUUGACGGCAGCUUUACUCCUCAAACUACGGCGGUUCAAACGUCGUCCUGCCUGUUUAUUUGUAUUAAUUUAUAUCGGACCCAUUGCUUUUCUUAAGUUGACAACCGGAGCGAUGCAUUCUGAAUCGGGAAUAGUUCCAGACUUCGAGGUCGGAGAGGACUUCCAGGACGAGCCUAAAACAUACUACGAGUUGAAGAGUCAGCCCCUGAAAAACAGCAGCCCGUCGGACCAGCAUGGCUCCUCCAAGCCCCCACUGAGCUCCUCGGCUGUGACAUCUCGCAUCCUGCUGCGGCAACAGCUAAUGCGGGAGCAGCUUCAAGAGCAGGAGCGGCGGGAGCAGCAAAGACAACAGUCCUCCCAUUACUCACAAACCACAGCGACCCAGACCCCUGCCAUCAAUGUCAGCGUCCCUGUCGGUGUACCUGAAGGAGCACAGGUGCCAAUGGAGGUGCUUAAGGUCCAGACUCAUUUGGAAAACCCUACCAAGUACCACAUCCAGCGUUCCCAGCAGCAGCAGGUUAAGCGGUACCUGGGAAAGCUUGGUUCCCAGGCAUUGAGCUUGCCCUGCCCCAACCAGUCCUCUGACCACGGGGGCAUGCCGCCAGGGCCGGGCAACAGCGCCCCCAACAGCCCUAUGGCCUUACUGACCCUCAACUCAAACUGCGAGAAAGAGAUGGAUGAUGUCAUUGAUGACAUUAUUAGCCUGGAGUCAAGUUACAGUGAUGACAUCCUCGGUUUGAUGGAUCCUGGACUUCAGAUGGCAAACACGAUUCCUGUAUCUGCUAACCUUAUGGACAUGUACGGUAAUCAGGGCAUGCCGCAGCAGGGCCUGCCCAUCAGUAACUCCUGCCCUGCCAACCUCUCCAACAUCAAAAGGGAAUACUCAGUGUCUCAAUCCCCGGCCAUCAUGCACAUGCUGGACAAAUCUGGAUCCUGUGGAAAAUUUGAGACCUAUCAAAGGCCUGAGGGGUUCCCUGUGGAAGCUGAGGUAAGAGCCCUCGCAAAGGAAAGGCAGAAGAAAGACAACCAUAAUCUGAUUGAGAGAAGAAGACGGUUUAAUAUCAACGAUCGCAUCAAGGAGUUGGGAACUUUGAUUCCAAAAUCCAAUGACCCAGACAUGCGCUGGAACAAAGGCACCAUCCUGAAGGCAUCGGUGGACUACAUCCGAAAGUUGCAGCGCGAGCAGCUGAGGGCCAAGGAGCUAGAAAACCGCCAGAAAAAGCUUGAGCACGCCAACCGCCAUUUGAUGCUUAGAAUACAGGAGUUGGAGAUGCAGGCUCGGGCUCACGGUCUGGCCAUCACUUCCUCAGCACUCUGCUCUGCUGAAGUUGGGGUGCGGCCCAUUAAGCGGGAGCCUCUUUUGGAGGACUGUCACCAAGACCUCUAUAAACUCCAUCGCCAACACCAUCCCGCCUGCACUCCUGAGCAAUCCACCACACUGGAGCUAAAGGAAGGUCCCUCCAACUUUAACGAGGGCCACUACAGCUGUGUUCAUGGCGAAGCAGAAACCAAACUCACUGACAUCCUCAUGGAAGACAACUUAUCUCCUGUCAGAGGGGUGGACCCUUUGCUCUCCUCCGUCUCCCCAGACGCUUCAAAGGACAGCAGCCGCAAAAGCAGUGUCAGCAUGGAUGAUAAUGAAGAGGGUUGUUAGCGCCCCCAAUGGGUAGAUGGCUCUCCUGUAUCUUUAACCCCUCCAUCUUGCCAAAAAAAAAAAAAAACCACAA